GUUUACAUAUGGCGACCAGACAAAACACAGACAUGUGGAUGUGCCUUGACUUGUUUUUGAAGUUUAACAAACAAAAAUAGAUAUGCAGUGACUGUGUCUUGCCUCCCAGUAUGCCAAGGCGAAGAAAGUCAUUACACAAUAACAAGGCUCCCCUGAUCUUCACAGAGAGUCCAGUAAACAUACAGAGUAAUGUCCCUUCACCAGUUUAUUGUUCUAGACAUCCACUCACAGCAAAAUCAGUCCCUGUAGGGGAUCUAUCAUGGGUAUCUCCACAAUUCAGUGAAAACCAAGAGUCAACUAGAAAGGUGAAAAAACAAAGAAAACGUAGGAGUACUUCAGGCCCAAAAUGUACCUGUCAUCAUGGUUCCCACGGAAAUCCUGCUGGAGGCGCAAACAACAAAUAUGAACCAUUGAAAUUCUUUGGUGAGAAGACACCUCCUGUAACAAUUGUCGAGGAUCUUUCAUUUUCUGAAGAAGAGGAAAAUGUAAAUAUUUCUCAGGAAACAAAAUCCCCAUGUUUAAAUAGAGCUGAGACAGCCCAAAAGAGGAAAAGUAGAAGUAAAAGAAAGAGUUUAGUGUCAAAAAGAAAGCUUUUGAGUGAAAAUGAUCUUUUGAACAAACAGCCAGGGGAUCAUGAUAAUUCAGAUGACAAUUUUGACCUUGGUAACCAUGGAAACACUUCCUUUCAUACGCCUGUGACGAUUAUCAUUCCAAGGGUCAAGGCUGUUAUUGAAAAUGACCUUACAGAGGUGGAUGGGAUUCAGCAAGAACAUGAUGACUUCACUGGAACACCUGUCAACAAAAUCCAAUCACCUGUCAAAAGAUUGUUUACUUCUCUCAAAGAAUCACCAGAAACAAAUGUGUUUACAUUGAUAAAGAACAGAAAAUCUUCGAAGGCAAACACUAAUAAACCUAACAGGCUUUUGAAAAAUUUAAACACUUCAGUGUAUUCCCCGUCUGGUAGGAACAACAAUGGUCAUGUCUUAGUAGCAGACACACCGGAGGCAGACUAUGGUAUUCCUUAUAGACUUAGAAGAUUGAGAAAAAUACUGACAAAAUGUAAUAACUAGGUGAAAUAAUUAUGUAAAAGAUUCUAAUCAUCCAAUCCUUUCAACUUUCAAAGGUAUAGUUGUCCUAACUUUAUGAAUUGCAUUCAUUGACUUUUACUGGAAAAAAUAGAAAGUUUAAUAUUAAGUUUUUUAAUUUAAAAGGAAAGAUUUCAUUUUAAAAAUCUGAAAAAUUUAAUGACUUUCUUUUAAAAUAAUUUAAUUUUGGAUGUAACGUGUCUUCUGAUUGGCUGACGUUGUUUUGUUUAUCAGCUCAUAGACAUAGUUUUGUCAUGUGACCGUGACGUCAUCAACGUUUUUUCAUGGUUUACUCCGGUUUAAAAUGGAAUUUAGAAUUAAAUUAUAAGAAAUGACUGUAAUAUUUUUUCUGUCUAUUUGAAAUAACAUAAAAAAUGUGGUGCACACUUUAAAAUAACCCGCUACGCGUGUUAUUCAGUGUGCACCACAUUUUUGAUGUUAUUUCUUCAUAGACAGAAAAAAUAUUACAGUCAUUCCUUAAAUAAUCCACAUGAGUUAUUUCUAUUUUUAAUUUUUUCUUUCACAUAGAUAAUAAAACAACAAUCAAACAUUUUUGAGGACGUCACAUUCAGAACAUCUUUUCAUAUAAAUAAUAUAAAAGUUUAGACUUCAAAUUUAAAUCUAGAUUACAUUUUACUCAGCAAGCCACAUGAUAUCAACAUUGUUGAAUAUUCACUUUUCCAUCGAAUCUUUUAUUUUUGAUUAAAAAUUCUUUAAACAUAGAAAUUCAUUAUAAAACAUCAAAUUGAUUGAAUGAUUGGAAUCUUACAAAUUUCUAAUAAACACAAUAUUUUUGAUAUACGUGUGACUGGUGCAAUAUUUUUAUAUGUUAUCUUAUAUGCAAAUAAUAAUUUAUUUUGAUACAAAUAC